CAAGAAGAGGUUAAUGUUGAUGUUGGUGAUGAUGUUGUUGUUGGUGUUGAAGGGGCAAUAGAGGAAAGGUUGGCAGAUGAAGAACCCAAAGAGGAGGUGGAGGUGCCAGUGCAGAUCACAGACCGCAUCUUUUUUGUUGAUUUGGCCAACAAAAAACUGGAAACCAUCCCAUGGCAGGUUUUUGAACUGGAAGACUUGGAGGAAUUGCAUCUGGAGAGAAAUAUAAUCAAUAGUAUCCCAGAAAGUAUAAAUCGUCUUAGAAAUGUGAAAGUCCUUUAUCUGAAUAAGAACAACAUACAAGACCUAUGUGAGGAACUUGGAGAAGUGAAAAGUCUUCAGAGCUUGGAUUUAAGCAGUAAUCCACUCCCUCUGAGCUCACUGAAUAUCAUUAGUAAAUUGAGGGCACUUCGCCAGCUCAGAUUAUAUGAUGUCAACCUGGAUGAAUUUCCAGUGGAAAUCUGCAAACACCUCCAUCAUCUAGAAUUGCUAGGACUCUCUAGCAACAAUCUGAAUUGCCUUCCCAAGGAAAUAGUCAAUUUGACCAAACUGAAAGAGAUUUAUCUAAAGAAGAACAAAUUUGAAAAUUUCCCACCAGAACUUUUUCAUCUCUCUAAUUUAGAAAUAGUAGAUCUAGAAGAAAAUAGUCUGAGCCUCAUUCCUGAAGAGAUUUCCUCCCUGCAAAAAUUAUCCCAGUUCUUUGUUGCAGUUAACAGCCUAGCAUCUUUACCCGAUACAAUGAGUAAAUGCCUGAACCUAUCGGUGCUUGAUUUGUCCAGUAACCUCCUGCGCAAACUUCCACGAUCUUUUAAGGAACUGACAGAGAUGAAGGAAUUUUCAUUGUCUCGGAAUAGCCUAGCAACUUUUCCGCGCCAGAUUCGCCGCUGGAGGUCACUCAUUGUGGUUUACUUGAAAAAUUGUGCCCUGGAAGCACUGCAUCCUUCUUUCGCCAAGCUAACCAGCUUAAUAAUACUAGAUCUAAGUGAAAAUCUCCUAGAGGUGUUUCCAAUAGAGAUUUGUUCGCUGGAGAAUCUGGAAGUGUUGUUACUUGAUGACAAUUUACUAUGUGAGCUAUCUCCAGCAGUGCUCAAGCUUGGUAAGCUGAAAUGCCUCAGUCUGACCGGCAACAAGUUCACCUCAUUCCCGGAAGAAAUAUUUGUAAUUGGAUCGCUGGAGAAACUAUACAUGGGGCAAGACCAGGGGACCAAGCUUACAGCAAUACCAGAAGGCAUCAGUAAGUUAGAGAACCUGAAAGAAUUGCACCUUGAGAACAAUGAUUUGGAGUAUCUUCCUUCAAGCAUAGGCUCGCUGCAAAACUUGGAAGUACUUGACCUUCACAACAACUAUCUUAUAGAGCUACCUGAUCACAUAUGCGAACUACAGGAGUUGCAAAAGCUAUUUCUUCAUUCCAAUCAGUUAUUUCAAGUCCCGGAGAAUCUGGAUAAGCUAGAGAAACUGCAGGUUCUGACACUUGAAGGAAACCCUCUGAUGUUCCCAGCGGUGGAAAUCUUUAGCCAAGGGUUGCAAGUCACCAUGCAGUACUUGCGAGAUGAAAGAUACGAAAAGGCCUUGACCAUAACGGUCCAGGCUUGGUGGCGUGGCUUGAUGGUGCGCAGAGGGAUUGGAGCCUUUGGCGAGAUCCUGAAAAUGAUCAGGAGAGGCAAGAAAGAGAAGAAAGAGAAGAAGAAGGAGAAAGACAAAAAGGGGAAAGACAAGGGCAAGGGCAAGGAAAAGGACAAAGGCAAGGGCAAGAAGAAAUAACUGCAUUCUGUGAUACCUUAAAGGGCCAGGGGAAUAAAUACAAGCAAGA